AUGGAUGGAAAAGUCAUGAAGCUAUGUAAAAUCAUAUCGCGGGGCGGCAAAGCGAUCAUAUUUUGCGCGGCCGGGGUCAGCCGGGCUGCCUCCCUCUGCCUGGCCUAUCUUGUGAAGGGCGUUGGGAUGAGCCUUCGUGAUGCGUACUAUCAUCUCAAUCAGAGACGCCCGAUCAUCUCCCCGAAUUUGGGCUUCUGGCGCCAGUUGAUCGACUACGAGAAGGAGCUCCGAGGCGAAGCCACUGUCAACUUGAUUACUGGAAGAAUGCCACGACCGGUACCAGAUGUCUACCUGAACAGAACGUUGAAGGCC